AUGUCAUUUGACGAAUGCGAUGAGAGCGCAAAGAGUGAAAAUAUCGAUCCAUCGAAAUACGGUGAACUGCGAUUGAGGCUGUUCUAUACGGCCGAUCAUGUGUUACCGUUGGAGUUAUAUAAACCUCUGCAAAUGAACCUGAUCAAUUCACUGGGCACACAACCCUUCUGUACAACUACAGCCGGUCUCUUAGAAUAUUUACCUUCGGUUAGUUCGAACUUAUUUGAAGAUGAAGAGAUCCGAUAUGAAUGUUCGUGUUACAAUUGGUUCAGGAUGUGA